AUGGAGGACGCUGACCACAGUGAGGACGCCCCGUGUGCUGACCCGGGGACUGAGGACGCCGACCACAGGCCCCGCCCCAACGCCGGUCUUCCUCCCGAGUCUCGCCCCACCGCCAAUCCCUGUCUUCCUUCUUCCCGGAGCCCGGCCCCCGGCCAAUCCCUGUCGUCCUUCCUCCGGAGCCCCGCUCCCGCCUGUUCCUGUUCUUCCUCCUGGCCCCCAGCCAGUCCCUGUCCUGCUUCCUCCCGGAAGCCCGGCCCCCCGCCAAUCCCGGUGCUCCUUCCUCCGGAGCCCCGCCGCACUGCCCAUCCCGGGGCCCUAAACCCGCGCGCCCACCGCUGCGUCUCGCGAGCACUUGGCGGCCAGUGGUACAGUCCGUCCCCCCCGCGCGCCCCGGACGGGAGUCGGCGGAGAGGAGAGGUGGGGCGAGCUGACGCCGCGGCCCCGACCAGCGCACCGCACCGCACCGCACGCGGCCUGCGAAUAAACGUGUCCUCGCGCCGCUCGGCUUCGUGGCUGCCUGACCACCGGCAAAGAGCAUUUUCACCAAAACCCCGAAGGGAAACCGGGUGUGUGUGUCCGUCCCCCCCGCCCCCCGCGACUUCCGCGCGGCUGGAGCCCGUAGGGAAGGCCGCGAGGCCCGGGAGACACGGGGUCGGCGCGGGUCACGGUCGCUGCGUCCGGAGUGUCCCGGGGGGUAGGCCGCGGGCCCUCGGCACUCGCUUUGCAGGAGCGAGUAGCCCGAGAGCGUUCAAAGGAUUUAUUGAGUUUUCCAGUAACAUACUAGGAAGUGGGAACGCGCGGGUGAGCAAAACCGGCCUGCCUUCGGGAGGAGCGGCCGGAAUGGCGUCACGGACAGACUCCCCUCGUGGCACCGGCCCCUGCAGUUGACCGAGGACGACCCCUGAGCAAGCGCGUGAGCCCGACGGCGCCAGUCCCCUUGGCAGGGCAGCCGGCCCGUGACCGCCGUCGUUUCGCCCCUACGCGCCCCGGAGGAGCCCGGAGGAUGGCUGUUGGGGGCCCGCGGCGCUCCGAGCCUGGACGGGGAGGGGAGGGGCCCGCCCUCCGGAGAUGGCUGACCGAGGGGAAGUCAGGACAUGGUUGCAGUGGGCCCGCCGGGAGGCAGGAGGCCGGCGGCCGGCCCCUUGGACCAGGGCGGUGACGCCGGGAGAGGAGGCUCGGGGGGCAAAGCUCGCCCGGACUGUAACGGGGUCAGGGACUGGUGUGUGGUCGUGCGUGGUCACAGCCACGGGUCCUGAGUCCAGCCGGAGCAGCAUUUUAAAGCAGGGGAAUUAGGAUUGCCUUUGGGAGAUCCACGUGGGGCUGUGGCACAAGGGAGAUGCACCCAGAGGGACCGGACUGGGAGCCCGGCUGGCGAGGUAGGUGGUCAGAACCAUAGGAACCAUGAGAGCCCACAGGUCAGAUGUCGCAAAGCAGCCCCAAAGUCCCCGCUGGGGUGUGGGGACAAGGUAGUUCAGCAGGGGCUGUGCUGGAGCAGUGGGGGUCCAAGCCUAGACACUUCAGGGAGCGGGACAGCUGGCGAGGGAUCUGUGGCCUGAGAGUUGGCUUCUUUAGGUGGGAGAGUGGGCUCCAAAGCACAGGUGCAGGGACGGGAGGAGAGGGUUUCCUGUUGGGGUAGCCGGAGGUGGGGGGGGGGGGGACGGACGGACGACGGACGUCCUG